UUUCAGAAACGGGUCGCGAAAAUUCUUCAUUUACUCACCUCGCAGCAAUAUAAAAAGAUCUACACAAUGCACACUACAACUAAAAGACGAAAAGCCAUGGAUUGGCUCAAUUUUGAUCCGAUUCCAGAAGUUGAUCGAUUAUUCCGUUUCACAUGUAAACACCCAACUCUACAUGUUCAUAUGACAGGAAGUUAUGGCCAUAUGUUCGUUGAUAUAAGUGAUCUACCAGCUUCGGCUCGUCAUUAUCUUGCACUAAUGGCUGCAUCACGUCACAGAUGCCUAUCACUUAUGGAUCAUCAUCGUCGCAAAUUUCUGGAAAAGGGUGGACAACAAAUGUGGUUGUUGGGCAUUGAUUGGUCAUACAUGAAAUUUCGAAAAUUGGAUUAUUUGAAUCGAAUGCUCUGUCAUAGACCAUGGAUGAUUCAUUGGAAAAAUCUAGCGGUGCUCUUCGCUCGCCGCACGCCAGACGGUGGUCCUGCGUUUUUCUCGGUUUGCUCUCUCCACCACGCCGUCGGAAUAAUGUCAAUGACUCACGCAAUGUGCACAGUUAUAUGCUGUAUUGGAUUGGAACGUCGUGUUGAUUUGACACAAGAUGAGAUUGAUUUCCUUAAUAUCGAUGAUCUCGACUAUUGGGAGGCGAGAAUGUCGGCCUAUUUCCGAAAAGUCCCAGAUCGUCGGCCAACUGAAGUCGAAUAUUUGAUCAGUGAGCUGAAAAAGACGGAAAAAGGACAAACUAGGCCACCAGCGAAGAUGUGUGCAAUGACUACUGAAACUAUUGAAUCAUUAAUUAGUGCUCCUGCAGCAACAUAUAGUUCCAAUCGGAAAAACUACUCGCCUGUACUUCUUCUUGCAAAUAUCGAUGAAAAUGGAGAAGAUAUUAUGGAAAAAGAGCCGCCGUGUAAUUAUCCAAUUUACUCGCAUCAUCGAACAUUUGGAUAUAUUGAUUUUAGAAAGCGACCUGAAAAGGAUAUUCCGCCAUUCCGAGUUGAAGAAUUUGGAUGGGAUCAUGUUUAUAAUACGAUGAAUGAGUAUACGGAUACACUGACGUCACGGCUUGAUCGAAUGUUCGAUCAUAUUCGGACUCUUACUGGCAAUAUGCCAUCCGGCUCAUCCCAUGCAUCUGGAGACGGAGAACCACCAGCCGCCGUGAAUCAGAAUGAAAUUGACACUGCUGCAUUCCGUGAAGCAAUUUGGAACUAUACUCAAGGAUUAUAUGGUGUUCGAGUCGAUGAUUAUGAUUAUUCGAAAAUUAAUCGAGUACUUGACAAAGGAACUAAAACUUUCAUUAAACUGGCAGCUUGCUAUCCACAUAAAUUGACAACUGAAUUCACGAGAGCUCUGCCAGGAUUUAAGGAUUCGGAAAAGAUCCACGUGGUAAUGAUGGUAGCGAUGGCUCGUUUCCAGGCUUCAAUGUUCCAUUAUACACGUGCUGUGUGUAACUAUAAUGCAAUGUGCCUCUCGAAAAAAGGAUGGAGAAAGCCUUUGGAUUGAUCAGCUCGCGGAGCUCGAAAUACAUAUUUUUCUCCAAUUCUUUCUCCGAAUCUUACAUAUUUUGCCCAAUUUUGUUAAUAUUUCCUAUUCCCUCCCUUUCUACCACACAUUCUCGCUAGCGUUCGUGCACACAAGUGCGCUCCACGGGCAAAUAGUGUGCUGGAGCGCACAUUUCCUUUCUAGAAUACUUUUGUUCGAAUUGUUCUGUUAAGUGAAACCAAACUCAUAUAAUAUUCAAAAUUUUAAACAAAAAAAUUUAUAAAACUUCUUGUUGAAAAUUCCAAAAAAAAACAGUUUUUGUUCAAUUUUUUCGUCACAAAUUUCAAAAAUCGACAUUUUUGAAAUUGUCUACUCAAUUUUUCGCUGCAUUUUUUCACAAAACACUCCAUCCAUCACGAUCCCCAGAUUUUUACCGGUUUUUGCGAAUUUGUACGCUUUUAUGCCCAAUUUAGUGUACAAAUUCAAGCAGGGGUUUUCCAACUUAAAAAUACUUUUUUCUAAUUUUUCUUGCUGAUUUCCUUCAAAAUCGAGUAGUUUUUGAUGGCUUUACUGACUUUUUUCCUGAAAAUUUUAAUUUUUUCUGCAUAUUAUUUUUAUUUUCUCGCUAAAAUUCCAAUUUUACAGUCCAUACAUGUUUUUUUUCUUUUUCACUAAUUCUACACUCAUAUGAAUAAAGCACAUAUUAUUAU